AUGCCCUUCGCCCUCAAGAACGUCGGGGCCACGUAUCAGCGUCUGGUGAACAGCAUCUUCGCUCCCCUAAUUGGCAACACCAUGGAGGUUUAUGUUGAUGACAUGCUCGUCAAGAGUCGCACUACUGACCAGCACAUCCCCAACCUCUCAGUCAUGUUCACCAUUCUGAAGCAGUAUAAGAUGAGGCUCAACCCCACCAAGUGUGCAUUUGGGGUGGCUUCAAGGAAAUUCCUUGGCUUUAUGAUCAGCCAGAGGGGUAUUGAGGCCAAUCCAGAGAAGAUCAAGGCCAUAUUAGACAUGGCAAUACCCAAGACGAUCAAGGACAUCCAGAGCCUUACCAGGCGUGUCGCAGCCCUGACUAGAUUCAUCUCCAAGGCCACUGUUCGUUGCGCCCCCUUCUUCAAGGCACUUAAGGGUAGCAAGUGGAGUAUUACUUGGACUGCUGAGUGCGACAAGGCUUUCAACGAGCUAAAAGAGUAUAUGAGCCGGGCCCCCUUAUUGUCAACACCUGAGCCUGGAGACACCCUCAUGAUAUAUCUCUCCGUCUCGGCUACAGCGGUCAGUUCUGUGCUCAUCCACACAAAGGACAGUGCUGAGCACCCAGUGCAUUACGUUAGCAAAGCGUUACAGGACGCCGAGGGUCGGUACCCGGACAUUGAGAAACUGGCAUUCGCCCUGGUGAUUUCGGCUCGACGCCUCAGGCCAUACUUUCAAGCUCAUACCAUUCAUGUCUUAACCAAUCAACCACUCCGGCAAGUGUUGCAGAAGCCGGAGACUUCUGGGAGGUUAGUCAAGUGGGCCAUUGAACUUGGCGAAUUUGAUAUCCACUACAAACCCCGCCCAGCCACAAAGGGCCAAGCCGUGGCUGACUUUAUAUCUGAAUUCACCGAACCCCAUGCCGUGGCCGGUCCACAGAUAACGAUGGAGCGCACUCCUACCCUGAGCCAAGUCCACGUCGCCAGCAAUGGCACCCUAGACUUGACUCAGCCCUUAUGGACCUUGUAUGUGGAUGGCUCUUCCAACGCCCAAGGAUGCGGAGCUGGCCUUGUUCUCAUCUCUCCGGAUGAGGUUGUCCUUGAGUACGCCCUUCACUUCAAAUUCCACGACUCCAACAAUGAGACCGAAUACGAAGCACUCUUAGCUGGCCUUCGGUUAGCCAAGGAGAUGGGUGCCAGGCAAAUUCAAAUUUUCAGCGACUCACAGCUUGUUGUCCACCAAGUCAACCAGGACUUCACCGCCAAGGACGUGUCCAUGACAGCCUACCUCCAACAUACCCGCCAUUUGGUUACAACCUUCAAUGCUUAUCUCAUAAGCCAGGUGCUGCGCUCGGAGAACAGCCAUGCCGAUGCCCUAGCUAGAUUAGCCUCAGCCAUAGAGCAGGGUAUUGGCCGCAAUAUCCACAUGGAAAUCUUGGAUCAGCCAAGCACACGGGCACUACUCAUCUGCGCCAUCGAUCACAGCCCAACAUGGAUGGACCCAAUCCUCCAAUAUUUGCAGAACCAGACGCUACCUGCUGACCCUGCUGAAGCGCAGCGUGUUCGCUAUCGCUCCACCCGAUACUUGAUCAUUAAUGGAGCCCUGUACAAGCGCGGAUUCAGCUUACCCUACCUUGGAUGCCUGACCCCAGAGGAAGGUCACUAUGUCCUCCGGGAAAUCCAUGAAGGCAUCUGUGGUAAUCAUUCAGGCGCCCGCUCACUAGCUCACAAGGCCAUUAGGUAA